GAACGCAUUGACGUCAUACGGACGCCGCUGCCCUGGCGCCUCGCUUUUGCAUCCCCUGCUGAGGCUCCUAGCUUUGGUCUUUGAAGGGGACGCGAGCGUAGCCCCUCAGAGGCCUGGGAUCUGGCAGCCUCUGUCACUCCUGUGCCGGCCCGAUAGCGCGUUGGUGUCACCGUCAUGGAUCUAAAUUUAAACCGAGCGGAUUAUUUACAGGUGGGAGUGACCUCUCAGAAGACUAUGAAGCUACUUCCUGCCUCAAGACAUAGAACUACACAAAAGGUGGUUAUUGGAGAUCAUGAUGGUGUAGUUAUGUGCUUUGGCAUGAAAAAAGGAGAAGCAGUGGCCGUGUUCAAGACUUUACCCGGGCAGAAGAUUGCAAGAUUGGAGCUAGGAGGGGUUCUUAACACACCCCAGGAGAAGAUUUUUAUUGCUGCAGGAUCUGAGAUCAGAGGCUUCACAAAGAGAGGAAAACAGUUCCUCUCUUUUGAAACUAACCUCACUGAAAGCAUUAAAGCUAUGCAUAUAUCUGGCUCAGACCUCUUUCUCAGUGCAAGUUACAUCUAUAACCAUUAUUGUGAUUGCAAAGACCAACAUUAUUACCUUUCUGGGGACAAAAUUAAUGAUGUCAUCUGCCUUCCAGUGGAAAGAUUACCUCGUAUCACACCGGUAUUGGCCUGCCAGGACAGAGUGCUCAGAGUUUUACAGGGAUCGGAUGUGAUGUAUGAAACUGAAGUGCCUGGCCCACCUACCGUUUUAGCACUACACAAUGGAAAUGGCGGUGACUCUGGAGAAGACCUUUUGUUUGGAACAUCAGAUGGAAAACUUGGGCUUAUUCAGAUCACUACCUCCAAACCAGUACACAAGUGGGAAAUUCGAAAUGAGAAAAAGCGGGGAGGGAUUUUGUGUGUUGACAGCUUUGACAUUGUGGGUGAUGGGGUUAAAGACUUACUUGUUGGGAGAGAUGAUGGAAUGGUGGAAGUGUACAGUUUUGACAAUGCAAAUGAGCCUGUUCUACGAUUUGAUCAGAUGUUGUCUGAAAGUGUUACAUCUAUCCAGGGUGGUUGUAUAGGGAAAGAUGGCUAUGAUGAAAUCGUGGUAUCUACAUAUUCAGGCUGGGUUACAGGUCUGACCACAGAGCCUAUACAUAAAGAAAGUGGACCAGGAGAAGAACUAAAAAUUAAUCAGGAGAUGCAGAAUAAAAUUUUUUCUUUAAGGAGUGAGCUGGAACAUCUGCAGUAUAAGGUACUACAGGAAAGAGAGAAGUAUCAACAGUCUUCUCAAUCAAGCACAGCAAAAUCAGCAGUACCUUCAUUUAGUGUAAAUGAUAAGUUUACAUUAAAUAAAGAUGAUGCCAGCUACAGUCUCAUCCUAGAGGUACAGACAGCAAUAGAUAAUGUCUUAAUACAGAGUGAUGUUCCAAUAGACUUACUUGAUGUGGAUAAAAAUUCUGCUGUUGUCAGCUUUAGCAGCUGUGAUUCUGAGUCAAAUGACAACUUUCUUCUCGCUACUUAUCGGUGCCAGGCAAAUACCACAAGGCUGGAACUCAAGAUUCGUUCAAUUGAAGGCCAGUAUGGCACACUUCAAGCAUACGUGACUCCAAGGAUUCAACCUAAAACCUGUCAGGUCCGCCAAUACCUUAUCAAACCCCUUUCACUUCAUCAAAGAACUCACUUUAUUGAUCAUGACAGACCCAUGAAUACACUGACUUUAACGGGCCAGUUCAGUUUUGCUGAAGUUCACUCCUGGGUGGUGUUUUGCCUGCCUGAAGUUCCUGAAAAACCUCCAGCAGGAGAAUGUGUGACAUUUUACUUUCAGAACACCUUCCUGGAUACACAACUUGAAAGUACCUACAGGAGUGGCCAGAACCUGAUGUUUUUCUGCUUUGGAGAGGGUCUGACUUAACAGAAGCAUUACAUCCAAGUCUGGAAAACUUUGAGGUCCCUCUGCUUUGUCUCAGGUCUUAUAGUGGCACCUCCCCUUGGUCCCCCUUUGAGCACUACAUCUUCUUGCAGAGUAUAAAGCCCUCCAGCACCUGCAGGGGUUCCAGGAUAGGCUGGGACAGGUAAGGGGACCCAGUCUUACCUUAGGAAGGAUGGAGCCAGGGUGAGGAUUGCCCUGUGGACUCCAUUUGCCUGUCUUCUUUUGAUGUGGGUGUGAUGUUCUUUUGUUCCUUCCCCAGUGGUACAGUGUGGAUGAGAGAACAGUAGGGAGGCUGGGAAUAGUCCUACAUUGCUAAGGUCAGAAGAAAAAGAGCUGCUUUCCCCACCACCAACCCCAUCCCUUUUAAAAUCUGGAAGGCGUUGUCCCUCAGGUGGCCAUGUCUCAUUCUCCAACUUGUAUCAUGGCCAUGCCCCAGAACAAAAGAAAAUGAGUUGCCUUAGCUCAGUUACAACCAGGAAGGCAUCCAAGUAAACGAUAUUGAACUAUUAUAUGGGUCUGAUACUCUUCCUAUAGCCUAUAAUGCCAGGAAGGGACUCCAAAGGAGUAAGGGUCUUGGUCAUGGAAUUACACAUCUACAGGAAGAGAGGAAAAGGCAUCCCUUACCUCCGUUUCUUAGAGUUGAUCAGGGAGACUUGGGAAGAGAGAAAAAGGCGUCCCCCACCUUAGUUCCUCCUCAUCUUUUCUUGAUGUGUGGCUGUAGCUGCUCAGGCGACUGACAGCCAGAGUCACUGUCCUCUCUUUGAGGUACUGCCAGUGGUUGUACUUACCCAGGUUUGGUCCUACCUCCAGAGAGUGACCCUGGUUUCCCAACCCUUAAGGGUCCCUUAAAAGUCAAUGGAUACACUACAUUUCUUUUAGUAGAUUUCUUCUAUCUGGCAUAGCCACUUAAUCAUCUUUUAGUAGAAUUGUUCUGGUGUCUGGAGAGGGGAAGUCCACCUGGGAUAAGCCCCAGUGGAACUGUAAAGUUGGGAGAUGUCUUAGAUCUUAGUUCUUUUGCCAUGCUUGGCCAUCCUUCACAAAGGUGGUAUAGCCAGUCUGAGAGGUGUCCUAGUAAUGCCAAUGAUAGGAAGAGUGAGAAACAGGAGACUGUUUCUCACUGUAACAGGGAACAGAAUAAGAUCCCUUGGAGCCACCCAAACCACUCCAGGGGACCAUCCUGAGCUUUUCCACUUGUUCUCCUAGGGGAGGAAUCAGCUGACAAAUAGUAGAGGGGUUUCUCUCUGGGUGCCUGGAUUCCUUCUGAGAAUCUUUGGAUAUCCAAAGGUAGCCUUGGUCAGGCCCUUCAAUUACUGCGAGGUUUUCCCUAGGUUCCUUACAUCCGGUGAUCUGUCCCCAAAUGAGUUCCGAGCCCUUACCAAACCAACAUUCCCAGCUUCUGUUGGGGAUCAGUUGGAAGAAAAGAGCCUAGAGAGCCUGUCCCCUAAGACUGAGAAUGGCAGUUGCGCUAAUCACUCUUAGAUGGGUGAUGGGUGCCCAUUGUUUCAACAAACAAAAUGGGAGUCGGGGGGAGAGAGAGACUUGCUGCCCACUACUCAUGGUUAGUUGUCCUUAGUGAUGGUGGAGUUCCCAUUAAUGUUACCAGAUUUUUUUCUCUGUUGGUGCCCGCAGUUCUUGGUCACGCUGCUUCAGAGAAUGAAGAGGUAGACCAGACCAAGAGUGGUGGUAAACAAAGCAAAGUUUAUUGAAUGAUAGCAAAGUGAUAGUACAAAAUUCCCCAAGGAGGGAGAGGAUCCAAGAAGGUUACCACCAAAUUUUCUGAGUCUAGGGGUAUAAAAACCCCUUAGGCUUGUCGAGACAGGCUAUUUUAAUCUGACUAACCAUCCCUGUGCCUGUCAACCUAUCAGGUUUUUGUCACCUAUCAAAUGGGAAAGGGUGGAGAGGGCUCCUUCCAGGGUGGUGUAAAAUCUUUUUAAGGGUGGUUUCUCCUUGGGGGUGUGGAGGCGGAGCUUGUCCCUGCCUGCCUGACUUCCAGCUAUCCUUCAUCAACAGUAAACCUCACACCUUAAACAUAGCAGACAAUUCAACAUGCUCCUGGCAUAUUCUCUAUUAUUAUAAUAGCAUAGCUUUGCUCUUCCCCAUUCUCUGUCUUUAAAUAUUCUUUCCUUAACAGUCAAAACUCUAGGGAUUCCUGGGUGGCUCAGUCUAUUAAGUGUCUGCCUUUGGCUCAGGCCAUGACCUCAGGGUCUUAGGAUCAAGUCCAGCAUCGGGCUCCUUGCUCAGCAGAGAGCAUGCUUCUCUCUCUGUCUGCUGCUACCCCUGCUUGUGCUCUCCCUUGCGCUCUCUCUCUCUCAUACACACAAAUUUUAAGAACUCUUAAAAAAAAUAAAGCUAUAAAAAAUGCCUUAAAAAAAAUCAAAACUCUGCUUAUCCUCCCAGGCUCAACUCAAUAGCUUCAUUUUAAAGGCUUCCUUGAUUCUCUUUUCUCUUCCUACCUGUCUUGGGUUAUUUAUUGUUAUUUGAAGUACAUAGUAAUUUUUAUGUAAGCUUGUGUCUUCAAAUUAGACUUGAAGUUCCUUGUGGGCAGAGUCAAUUUCUUAAGUAUUUUUGUAUGUUUCCUCUAAGUACCUACUGCAUGGCUUUGAAAAUAGUGGUGCUUAAUAAAUGUUUUUAGGGUGCCUGAGUAAAAUACAUAUAUAUAUGGAGAAUAUGUGCUUAGGAAGCAGACAUUACUUAGGUUUGAAUCAUGGCUCUGUGACUUACCAGCUAUUUGCCCUUCCUGGACUAUUUAACUCUCUGAGCUUUAGUUUUCUUUUCUGAGGGAGGGAAAUAAUAGCACUUCAUUGAGUCAUGAUGAUUAAAAGAAGAUAAACCAUGUGACUUAUUCCACAGUGCUAGGUACUGUAUGUUUAAUAUUAAAUAUCAUCAGUUAAAACUAAGGACUAGUGAAAAUAUCAUGAUGAAAAACACAAUUGGAACCAAAAUAAUAUAUAUGAUUCAUCUUCCUAGAAAAGAAGAAUUAGCAUUUGUCUACAGCUAGUUAAUAUAAACUAUUAUUGUGUGUGAAAACCAAAUAAAAAGAUGGUAUUUAAUACAUGAAAGAUGGUAUAUUUAUUAAUUAGGAAACUUUUGGUUGUCAUAACAAGGAAUCAAAUAGAAGCAGACCAACAUACUGAAGAAAAGGAAUUUAUCAGCUCAUAUAAUUUAAAAGUCCAGUAGUGGGGCAUCUCAGUGGCUCGGUUGGUUAAGUGUCUGCCUUUGGCACAGGACAUGAUCCCAGAGUCCAGGGUCCAGAGUCCUGGGAUGGAGACCUGCGUCAGGCUCCCUGCUCUGUGGAGAGCCUGCUUCUCCCUCUGCCUGCCAUUCUGCCUCCCUGUGCACUUUCUCUAUAUCUCUGUCAAACAAAAAAAACAAAUAAAUAAAAUCUUUGAAAAUAAAAGUCCAGUAGUAAUCUGCUUCAAGCAAACAAAGACUAUCCCUCUCCAAAAUAAAACAAGACAAAAUCAGAGAGGGAGAUAAACCAUAAGAGACUCUUAAUCAUAGGGAACAAACUGAAGGUUGCUGGAGGAGAGCGGGGUGGGAGGAAUGGGGUAAUUCGAUGAUGGACAUUGGGGAGGGUAUGUGUUGUAAUGAGCACUGGGUAUUAAAUAAGAUUGAUGAGUCACAGACCUGUACCCCUGAAUCAAAUAAUACAUUAUAUGUUAAUUAAUUGAAUUUAAAUUAAAAAGAAGGUAAGAUUGUCCCUUUCCAUUGCUCAGCUCUAUUCUUGUCCUUUUUUGGCUUUCCUAUCACCAGCAGUUCUGUCUAGUUUCCUAUUUUUGCAGCUCUCAAAGACCCUCUGUUUCCCAUUAGUUCCAAUAAAAGUCCCAGGAUUGAGUUUCACUGUAGAGCUGUGAACCACUGUGGUCAGGAAGAUGGAAUAUAUACUGCUAAAUGCUUCCUCUUAAAGUCCCACAAAUGGGGUUAUAGCCAGUGCCAGUGAAACUACAGUUGACCCUUAACACAGGUUUGAACUGCAUGGGACCACUUAUAUGAGAUUUUUAAAAUAAAUACAGUACUGUAAAUUUAUUUUCUCUUAAUGUUUUCUUAAUAACAUUUUCUUUUCUCUAACUUUACUCCAAGAAUAUACUAAAUCAUAUAUAUACAAAAUAUGUGUUGGUAGACUAUAUUAUUGGUAAGACUUCUGGUCAAUAGUAGGCUAUUACUAGUUUGGGGGAAGUCAAAAGUGUUACAUGUGGAUUUUUGACUGCAGGGGUUCAGCACUCCAACCCCCACAUUGUUCAAGGGUCAACUGUAUAUGGAUUGAGAAGGGUAAGAGGAAGAAGUGGUUCUAUAAUGAAAAUGACAUGUCUUGUAUCCAUAAGAAGUGGCAAUGGAUGAUGGGCAUGGAAGAACAGAAUCUGUCAUUCUUGGGCGUAAUAUAAACUUUCUUUUGAGAGUGAAGAAUGUAGUUAUGUAAUCUAUGUGAUUACAACAAAGAAAAACAUAUGUAAAUAAGCAAUUCUAAAUGCAUUUUAUAUACAUAUGGAGUUAGCUGUCAGAAAUUUUAUUAGUGAAAGUGAAGGAAAAAAGAUACUUUAAUGAAGGAUUUAUAUAAAUUGUCAUAUGUUUAGGAGGCAUGUUCUUCUGUUUACUUUCACAAUUAUCUUCAGAACUUGAAUUUAUAUAAUAAUAAAAGGUUAUACAUUUUAAUAUAUUUUAUAUUAAUAAGGAGACAUGUAUAUAAAGAUAUAUAAAAUCAAAUGAAUUCUAAAUACCAGGUACUAGUCACAAAAUAUGUAUUUACUGGACCUACUCACUGUAUGUAUUUUCUUCUAAUGCUGUUCUUUUAAAAAUACAUUAAU